GUUAAUAAUGGGAUGGACCUUGGCUGAGGUGAGGUGACUCCGCUGGUAAGAAUAAGAACCAAGAUGUUGAUCGUUGAUGGGUCAAGGGUUUUAAGAGGUGGGGUUCUUCCAUUAAAAGCCUAUGACGACACCAGCGACAGCUCAGUCCGAGUGGAGACCUGGACUUGUUCAUGAUGAUGCAUGCUCAAGCAUAUUGAUUCGCACGAGAUCGACCAAGGUUCACGGUUCGGCACGUCCAGUCUCUAGGUAAGGAAAUGGAAAGCUUCGUCGCCUCAUUCUUUUCAUUCCUCGAGUUCUAGGAAAUGUCCCUGUCGAUGAAGAACUGGGCCUUGGUUUGAGGGGGGCUCCUUAGAUCCCGAGAUGGAGGGUAACCCCAUGCGAGUUUGGUCUUUGUCUUUUGACUUUUCAAGUUUGUUGGGGUUUUAAUUGAGACGAGAGACGAGGCGGGAUAGGCCUGGGUCUGUUUAACUGGAGACGGGCGUUUACAUGAACCGUUUGGUGUAACAAGGGUUGAAAGAGACGGGACAAAGAGUAUAUUCGACGACUAUUGGGUACUAGAUAUUGGAUGCUUGUUUGCAUUUUGAGUAAAUGCGUUUGGUGAGGCUCUGUGCCCAGCUCGACUGGACUGGAUGGACUCGAUAUUCUUGAUAUCGUCUGUGGAUCUUGGAAUCGUAUUUCGGGCAUAAAUGAUCCCUGACAGUUGAGCCUUUCAAGUUUCAAGAAACUGCCCGAGAUAACCCAGAAAAGAACCAUUCUCUUCUCCCCAAGACUACAGAUUCUAUCUGAGGUUGCAUUGAAGUUGACUCUACUAAAGGCCUGAUUGGCUUCGGUCUCAGAACGCCCAGCAUCAGCCGGGCAGAACAAGAGACCUUCUGCCACCCAUCACGAUAUCUCGCCCAAUCCCGUGCCAUGCUCCACUGCACAAGCAGCAUCAUCUUCCAUCAUAGCCACAGCAGGCUUUCUUUUCCAACCCCUGUCAGAAAAGCCGUCCAUUGAAGUUUAAGGGCUCCACGCACACUCACACGCUGGAGCUGGGCACUGAUGUCCAUGCCCAUGCCCAUGCCCACGCUAACUGCGCCUGGAUGAAUCAGAAUCAAAGCCCAGCCAUUCAUUCCGGGUACCCAGUUCCUUUCUUCUCUCUCAGCAGGUUCCGUCAUAGCUCAUCUUGGUUACUUCCCAGCUUUUCCCCCUCCACCAGACCACUUCUCUCCCGUCCCCUUCUUCCUCAUACAAACAUACAAACAACAAACCUAGAUUUCGCUGUUGAUUUCUCGUUAGGCGUUUUCUAUACUAAACCUUUGGAUUUACUUCCAUUUUUGACGACAUUCCCUCUUUUGGAUCCUCAUAACUUUAUCGCACAGCCCUAUACCCCACCUGUGACACCCCGCGAUGGGUGACGUCUACAGAGAGUCUCGCGUCUAUCGUGAGAGGGACUGGGAGCGAGACGAUGGCUCUUCAGACGACGAGCGCUAUCGUAAAACCACAAUCAGACGAUACAAGGUCGCACCAAGCAGGUCUGAUCGCUUCGAACGAGGUUCCGAAUUUGAUGAUGGACGUUCCCAUUUCUCCCGUUAUGGUCGCUCCUCUGGCGACUUAGCUGAACACGACCGGCGCUCUUUCGUCCCGGAUCGCCCUCGCUCUGCUUUUGAAGGAGCUCCGUCUCAUGCUAGUUUUCACGAGGACCGUGGCCGAGACACGGCUCCCCGAAGCUACGUUUACGAAAAGGAGACUGAACGAGAGACUUAUCCUCCUCCGCCCCCGCCUAUGCCAAUGCCUGCGCCUUCUCAGGUUGGAGAUCGAUCUCGUGCGCCAGCUUUCGUAGAGACCAAGGAAGUUGAGCGUGACUGGGACCGACGAUCUCGCUUUGACGCUUUGUUCGACGAUGAUGUCAAGGUUGAGAACCAAAUGGUCAGGACUGAACGCCGAGAUAACGGCGAAUACCGCGUUGAGAAGCGUGUUGAGGAACAUAUCGACGACACCCAUGGAUGCGACGUUGAGCGAUACCGCAAGGAGACGGAAUACUACACCCCUUACGACCCACCGCCUCCUCCAGCUCCCGUCAUCAUUCGACAGCGCGCGCCUGAACCACAAAAGAUCAUUGUUCAAGAAGCUCCUCCCCCGGCUCCAGUUAUCGUUUCUCCUCGCCAGCAACAGCAGCCUGGUGUAGUUGUCAUUCGUGAGAGAGAGCCUGAAAGACAACAGGUUGUAGUCAGGAGGGAGCAUCGGGAGCACCGACACGAGCACCGACAUCGCCCUUCGGAGGAGGAGUACUACUAUCGCCACGAGCACCGCGACUCCCGUGGAGACCGUGACUACGCCAUUGAGCGAUAUGACCGCAGACGUCGUGACCACGGCUAUCACAGUGAUGACGAUGAUUAUUACGUCCGACGCAAGGUUAUUCGUCGCCGCGAGGGCAGCGAAAGUCCCCACCACAAGCGACACCUGGCCGAGGGCGCUCUCGCGGGCGCGGGUGUCACAGCUCUUCUCAACAGUCGCCGCGACAGCUACGGUGAGCUGCCCGAAAACCGCGGCCGCAAGGUCAUUGCUGGAGCUGCUCUUGGCGCUCUUGGCACUGAGGCUUUGCGCCGAGCUCGUAGCGCUUAUGGCGAUCGCUGGCAUGGCGACGAUGAGUCUCCCGACCGCUCCUCUCGACUAAAGCAGGGUCUCGGAAUCGCUGCUGUUGCUCUAGCUGCUGCUGGUGCCGCUAAAUACUACCAGUCCAAUAAGAUUGAAAAGGAGGAGGCGAUUCGAGGCAGAAGCCGUCGUCGUGGUUAUUACUCUGAUGACUACUCGCGCUCUCGUUCGCGAUCCAUCAUUCGAAAAACCACGACGACAAAGAGCACUAGCCGCGGCAGCCGUCGUCGUAGUUUGUCGACGGCAGCCAAGGCAGCUCUGGGAACUGUUGCUGCUGCAGGUAUUGCCAAGCACAUUCGCAAUAGGUCCAAGUCAUCUCGAGGCCGCAGCAGUAGUAGGUCAAGCAGCUCGCGCAGCCGCAGCCGAUCAAGGAGCCGCAGCAAGUCUAGACUUCGCCGCGGUGCCGAGAUUGCUGGUGCAGCUGUCGCAGCCAAGGCUGCGCACCACGUUUGGAAGAAGCGCAAGGAAAAGAAGGAUGGCAGUGACAGUAGCAGCGAUGAUGAGUACUACCGCCGAGGCCCCUCGAGAAGCCGGAGCAGGAGCAGGUCCAAGGCCAGAUCCAUUCGUUCAGAGCGCGGGACUGAUCCUGAGCUAGGCCCCGUAGUUGAAUACGGCACCGAUCCCCUCGCGACGCAACCGCUAGCCUCAACGUCGCGAGGCUACGAAUCCGAAGCGGAGGCAAGACGUCGACGCCGUAGACGACGCGACCGUAGUCGAUCCGCGUCGUCUGCAGGAUCCGACAAUAACCGUAAACGCAGCAGAAGCCGACUCGGGGCCGCCGCAGCCGCAGGAGCUGCAGCCCUUGGUAUCAAGGAAUACAAGGAUAAGAAGGACAGGGAGAAGAGAGAGCAGCGCUCUAGGGAACGACGACUCGAACUUGAACGAGAACGCGAGCGAGAAGAUGAGCGAGACCGUCGUGGUCGAGCUACCAGAUCUCCUUCGCGAUCCCGAUCCCGAAGUCGUUCCAGGAAACGAUUUGACGACUAUGAUGAUCGUCGCCCUCGCUCACGCUCACCACCCAUGGCUUCUGGUGGCGCUGGCUUCCCACCUUAUCCUAUGGAUCCUACUCCUCCACCUGGAAACCCUUACACCAAUAUUCCGGAUCGCUCUUCUGACUUCCAGCCGUACGUUCCUCAAGACUACACGGGCUACCCUCCGCCACCUCCUGGACCUCCUCGAGGACUUUCGACAGGACCCGCCAACUACCCACCGCCAGGACCUCCUGGGCCACCACCGCCCCCUCCUGGACCUCCGGGACCUCCACCGGCUGGCGGUCCAAGAGCGCCUGACAAUGUGAGUAAUCCUGUCCACAACCUUGGCUCAAGAGGCCUUGAUGAGGGUGCGUCCGACCGUGCUGGGAGGGUUGUUGGCACAGGAGAAGAAACGGAAGCUGACUCUACAACAGAUAGUCUAGACUCGUCUGAUGAGGGCCAACCGGCCAAGUCGGUAGUGUUUGGCCCUUUGUCACCGAAGAGCUCUAUGACAAUGAGGCGACACCGUGAGGAAACAGCAGCCAAAGAAGAAAAGGAGAGACAGGAGCAGGAGGCUCAUGACCUACUUCAAGGUCUUGUACCUGCAAGGCCACGUUCGAAGUCUACUCCUCCUGCUAUGGAAAUGGAUGACUACUUUGGACAGAGACGCCGUCAUCGAGAUGAUGACUCCAGCUCGGAUGAGUCUGUCGAAGAACUACCUGACCGAUUUGACAGACAGGGUAGGCCCCUGGAUGGACGAUCGAGUAGGAGCCGUGGUUGGACACGCAGACAAGGUGAUUUUCAGUACAAACCCAGACAUCGGGAUGAUUGGGACAUCAAAGGUGCUUGGCAAGUAGCUGGAACAGACAGCCAAGCCGUGGAUCAGCUCGUUCGUGGUGUCACUGGAGCACUUGAAGGUAAAGGCGGAUGGCUUGGCCUAAUUGGAAACAUUCUUGGAGGACUACAAGAACCAGAGCAACGAGAGGCUAUUGAAGACGGGGGUCACGAAAGAAGAAGACGCAGAAGGAGACACAGAGAUUAACGACUUGACGACUGUGAUUUUGGGAAUGAUUUCAUUGGGUGGAUAUGAUUAAUGGUCUGCUUUUCCAGUUGAGCUUUAUGAUAUGAUGUUAUGACUAUUAUACAUUACGGCCGAUAUAGAGAAACACGGUUUGAUGUCCUUUUAUAUGAUGUCCCCAUUCCGUCUAUGUUUUGUUUGUCGCUAACCUUUCCAAAUUGUAACCCUCUA